AUGGUCGUCGUCCGCAAGGCCCGGAGCCUGGGGACGUUGGCCAUGGCGAGGGCGGCCAAGGCGCAGCACCAGCGGGAUGCCAGGUCGCUGUAUGACGACGAGGAUCUUGAUAGCGACGACGACGAGUUCGACGCAAGUCUUCUUGAUGCGAAUCUUGUCCCUGCUGUCCGUCGUCGUCUGCUUGACGACCGGCAUCCGUACUUUCCCCCGCCACCUGCGGCAGCGAAAAGGGUCAAGAUGAAGAGAAGGACGAGACGUCCGGUGGAGGAGAUGCCGCCGCUGCCUCCAUUGCCGGCUUUCAUGACUCAAUGA